GUGACCUAACGUCCCGGAAUCUUGUUUUCUCGAGACGCCAAUUGACCCGGAUUCCGGACAGAGGGGCUGCGUCUGCGCAUGCGUCAUGAAAAGGCAAUCCAAGGCGCGUGCGCAGAUUCUCAAGCGAGAGCAGCUGCAUCGUUGGCCAGGAUUCCCGCAAUGUGGACAGCAGAUGAAAUUGCUGGUCUUUGCUAUAAGCACUAUUCUACCAAACUACCAAAGACAGGUCUGCCAGAUCCCAGACGGGAAUGGACACUACUUGCAGCUGUGGUAAAAGUUGAGGGAAAACUAAGCACAAAACCAUGUUGUAGUAUUGAGAGAAAUGAUGUAGCCCUGGAAGUUGUUGCAAUGGGGACUGGAUCAAAAUGCAUUGGACAGAUAAAAAUGAGCAAAAAUGGUAAUGUAGUUAAUGACAGCCACGCUGAGGUGACUGCACGACGUGGGUUCCUGAGGUAUUUAUAUUAUCAACUUAAAGAGGCAUUUAAAGAGAAAAAUAGCAUCUUGGUUGCAGGCAGACACAAAGGAAAAUGGAGUCUGAAGCCAGGCAUCUCCUUUGUAUUUUUUAUGAGUCACACUCCAUGUGGUGAUGCUUCCAUUAUCCCAAAAGCAGAACAUGAGAUUAGACCUUGUCCAAAACUGAGAGCAAAAGAGACCGGUGAGCAGAGAGAUAUCACUGUUCAAGAUAAUAAAAGCACUGAAGAUGCACAAUUAUUAAAUAAUGAAGAGCACACACAGGACAAAAAACGGAAGUGUGAUGAAAGUGCCACAGAGGCCCCUGUAAAAAGAGUAAAGUGUGUUGAUGAAAUUGGAGACUGUGUGUCUGGAAGUAGCAGUGUUCCUGAAAGAAAAUCCAGUCAUCCAUCUGCAGAAGGAAUUAUUGAUGUCAGGAUCAAUAAUAAUCACAUUUGUGCUGCAGAAACAAUGCAUCUUAGCAGCCAUGAUACUGUUGUAUCUCAUAACGCGGUUGCACUGGAUGCAGAUGAAACCAGGCGGAUGAAGGUCAAAGUUUCAGACAUAUACCGAACUGGAGCUAAAUGUGUACCAGGUGGCAUUCAGGAUCCCCAUAAGCCUGGAAUUAACUACCACUGCGUGGAAUCAUUGAGGGUGAAGCCAGGAAGAGGUGACAGGACAUUAUCAAUGUCCUGUAGUGAUAAACUUGCUCGUUGGAACAUUCUUGGCUGUCAAGGAGCACUUCUCAUGCAUCUCUUUGAGGAGCCUCUGUAUUUCUCUUCUAUUGUAGUGGGACAGUGUCCAUAUAGUGAGGAGGCCAUGAAAAGAGCUUUACUGGAUAGAUGUCGCCACAUUACCUCACUCCCAAAAGAAUUCAGAGUCCACAAUGUAAUGCUGCUACAGUCACAGUUGGAGUUUGUGCACAGUCGUCCUUCAGUACAAAGCAGCUAUGACUCCACCAAAGAGAAAAUUGUACCUUGUGCAGCAGCAAUAAGUUGGUGUGCUGUUCCACACCAGCCACUAGAUGUCUCUGUAAAUGGCUUUAAACAAGGAGCAACAAAAAAGAUCCUUGGAACCCCCCAAGCCAGGUCUAGAAUCUGCAAGGCUGAACUUUUCAAGACAUUCAAAGAACUGCUUGCUUUCGUUUCUGAAGAAAACCGUCCAAUAUCCCUUCGAAAUAAUUUAUUAAAAACCUACUGGGAAUUCAAGGAAGCUGCAGCAAAUUAUCAGGAAGCAUGGAAUGAAAUACAGAAGCAGGCAUUCGUUACCUGGAUUAGAACCCCAAGGGACUUCCUGCAAUUUCAGUAGAAAGCAAACAGCGAAGUAAUAUAACAAAAGUAAUUAAAGCCAGUUCUGUGAGGAUGAUUACAAAUGGAUCACAGUACAUCCAGAUUUGGUUUAUGGAUUUUUAAAAAAUUGACAUUGUUAACUUGCAUUGGAUAAAAUGUAAGUAAAAAUCACUUUUUAAAAAUUACAAGGCUUUAAUGUUGCUAAGCCUGGAUUCCUACAUCUGGCAAGACAGACUUGGGUAAUAGCCAGAGUUUAUCAUAUAAAUAGAUAAGAUACGAUCAGCAAACAAAGACAAAAUAGUAAUAAUGAUGUUUGUUGGAAAAAAGGGAGUAUCAUUAUUGUUUCUAUUGCAAUUGCCUAUCAUGUGACUCUUUUUGUGAUCAAGUUUAGGAAGGUUUUUCUCUAACAUGCCAGUGUACUCCUCAAUGAAGCACAAGAUCUGAAAGAAGAUUUUUGAAUUGUCUGUCAUGUGAUUCAAAUUCAGAUGCAAGUUCUAUUAAAGAUUUUUAGAAUUGCUUGUAAAAAGAGUGAAACAUUAAAAUGUAUGUGGAAUA